GAAUGGAGUCGGUAAAACAAAGGAUUUUGACCCCUGGUAAAGAGGGAUUGAAGAAUUUCGCUGGAAAAUCGCUUGGUCAACUCUACAGAGUCCUAGAGAAGAGGCAGAAGCCCGGGGACACCAUCGAGCUGACAGAAGAUGGGAAGCCCAUGGAAGUGCCCGAAAAGAAAGCCCCGCUUUGCGACUGUACCUGCUUCGGGCUGCCCCGGAGAUACAUCAUUGCCAUCAUGAGUGGACUGGGAUUCUGCAUUUCCUUCGGGAUUCGAUGUAAUUUGGGAGUGGCCAUCGUGGAUAUGGUCAAUAACAGCACCAUACACCGAGGAGGAAAAAUUAUUAAAGAGAAAGCGAAGUUCAAUUGGGAUCCCGAAACAGUCGGCAUGAUCCACGGCUCUUUUUUCUGGGGGUACAUCAUCACCCAGAUCCCCGGAGGGUAUAUCUCGUCCCGGCUGGCAGCAAACAGAGUAUUUGGUGCUGCUAUACUGCUGACAUCCUCCCUCAACAUGUUAAUACCGUCUGCAGCCAGGGUGCACUAUGGGUGUGUCAUCUUUGUUAGGAUCUUGCAGGGCCUUGUAGAGGGUGUCACCUACCCUGCCUGCCAUGGUAUUUGGAGCAAGUGGGCCCCCCCAUUAGAGAGAAGUAGGUUAGCAACCACUUCCUUUUGUGGUUCCUAUGCAGGAGCUGUUAUUGCAAUGCCUUUAGCUGGAAUUCUAGUGCAAUAUACUGGGUGGUCUUCAGUGUUCUAUGUGUAUGGGAGUUUUGGUAUAGUUUGGUACAUGUUUUGGCUUUUGGUUUCAUACGAGAGUCCUGCAAAGCAUCCUACGAUCACAGAUGAAGAAAGAAGAUACAUAGAAGAAAGCAUUGGAGAGAGUGCCAACCUCCUAGGUGCAAUGGAAAAAUAUAAAACUCCAUGGAGAAAAUUUUUUACAUCUAUGCCAGUCUAUGCAAUAAUUGUUGCAAACUUCUGUAGAAGCUGGACUUUUUACUUGCUGCUUAUUAGUCAGCCUGCUUACUUUGAGGAAGUGUUUGGAUUUGAAAUAAGCAAGGUGGGUAUCUUAUCUGCUGUUCCACAUUUAGUGAUGACAAUUAUUGUUCCUAUUGGGGGACAAAUUGCAGACUUUUUAAGAAGCAGGCAGAUUCUUUCAACCACUAAUGUGAGAAAGAUAAUGAACUGUGGAGGUUUUGGUAUGGAAGCAACUCUUCUUCUCGUGGUGGGAUAUUCUCACAGUAAAGGAGUGGCUAUUUCAUUCUUAGUGCUUGCUGUAGGCUUUAGUGGAUUCGCCAUAUCUGGAUUCAAUGUCAACCAUUUAGACAUUGCCCCGAGGUAUGCUAGCAUCUUAAUGGGGAUUUCUAAUGGAGUCGGGACCUUGUCUGGAAUGGUUUGCCCUAUAAUUGUCGGAGCAAUGACAAAGAACAAGACACGUGAAGAGUGGCAGUAUGUCUUCCUCAUUGCGGCUUUAGUUCAUUACGGAGGUGUUAUCUUCUAUGGCAUAUUUGCUUCAGGAGAGAAACAACCCUGGGCAGACCCUGAACAGACAAGUGAAGAGAAAUGUGGCUUUAUUCAUGAAGAUGAACUUGCUGAAGAGACAGGGGACAUUACUCAGAAUUAUGUAAAUUAUGGUACCACCAAGUCUUAUGGUGCUACAACCCAGGUCAACGGUGGCUGGCCUAAUGGUUGGGAGAAAAAAGAGGAAUUUGUACAAGAGGAAGUACAAGACUCAUACAACUACAAGGGAGGAGAUUAUUCAUAACAAACCUAAAUAUUGGGUAUAUUUUGUAGUGUUUGUGAUUAAAUACAUUGUGAUUGUUUGCACACAGAAAUAAAAUGUGGUAUAAACAUGUAAACACAUAUCAAACAGAAAGGUCUUACUGUAAAAAAAAUCCAUUAAAGUGCAAUCUGUAUGAGUUGUGACAUGUCAUCACUUUCAUUAGGUUAUAUUUGUUCUAGAAACAUUAGAGUUUUAAGGGUUUACUGGUCAAAACUGUAGAGGCAAUUAGAUACUUACAGUAUACAAGAGCUAAAACUCAUAACUAAAGAUUAAAGCACAACUAAGCAACCAAGUUGGCACAUCUAAUGCUCUUUUUAGAAAGCCAAAAUUACUUGACCAUUAAAAUGCACUUAUAUAUUUGUUACACUGUAUUGAAAGAGAUUGUGUUAAAUACACGUGUUUACUCAGUGCAAUGUAGGAAUUGUGUAUUUAGUCUAAGACAAGAGCUUUCUUCAAGAAGAAAGGUUGAGUCCUAGGCACUUACAGAGGAUUGAUCCAGUUCCUUCUAUGGUAAUUGUAUCAAGCCUAAAGAACAAAUAGGGCAUAUUGUAUGUUUAGCAUGAUUACAUGCUGCAGGCUACUCUGUGAUGGAUAAAGGAAUUAUUUAGGAGUUUUAUACUGAAUGUUUGGGCACAAAUUCUUAUUUCUAUUCUUUACAGAAUCUUAUGAAAUUAUAGUUAAUAUCGUGUUCUUCCCUGCAUUUAUCAACUAAUAUAAAACAAUAUAUAAUGUUAAGUCAGACUUGAUGCAGACUAUCAAAUCCCUUUAUCAAAAAACAAGCUUUAUUAUUUUUUUCUUUGCAGUGUAUUCCAACU